CUUUUGGAGGCCGGUGGCGGCGGGGAGGGCCGCGACUGGGAAGAGACAGCGGGAGGACGGGUUUUGUAGUGCAUCAGCCAAGCCGGCCAAGCCUCCUUCCUGCAGCCCCACCUGCCGCCCCGUCCUUCCUGCCGAGGGACUAGGCCGCCGCCGUGCUGCUCCGAGCCUUGCUCGGCCGCUGCCGCGAGUCCUUGGGCGGGGGCGAGCCCGCCUGUUCCGUUUGCCGACCGGAGUUGUGCCUUCGUCGCGCCCUCCUUUUCCCCCGCCGCCGCCGCCUCUUCUUUCCCUCCGCCCCGCUCAGAGCUUCGCAGGCCCCUCGGUGUGUCUCAUGGACAGGCACAAAGUGAAGCGCCAGAGGUUGGACCGCAUUUGCGAAGGUAUAAGGCCGCCUAUUGGCAAUGGUCCAAUGCCAGCCCGUCCACUGGUUGCCCUCCUUGAUGGCAGGGAUUGCACUGUAGAGAUGCCUAUCUUGAAGGAUGUGGCCACAGUGGCUUUCUGUGAUGCACAGUCAACUCAGGAAAUUCAUGAGAAGGUGCUAAAUGAAGCUGUUGGGGCUCUGAUGUAUCACACCAUUACUUUGUCACGCCAGGACCUGGAGAAGUUCAAAGCUCUCCGGGUCAUUGUGCGAAUUGGCAGUGGCUAUGACAAUGUGGAUAUCAAGUCAGCUGCAGAAUUAGGAAUAGCAGUGUGCAACAUCCCUUCUUCUUCUGUGGAAGAGACAGCAGAUUCUACCCUCUGCCACAUCCUCAACCUUUAUCGUCGGGUUACUUGGCUGCACCAGGCCAUGAGGGAAGGAAACAGAGCCUCCAGUAUGGAGCAGAUCAGAGAGGUGGCUGGAGGUGCUGUGCGUAUCCGUGGUGAGACUCUGGGCAUCAUUGGUCUUGGUCGUGUUGGGCAAGCAGUUGCCCUGCGUGCAAAACCCUUUGGCUUCAAUGUGAUUUUCUAUGAUCCAUAUCUGCCUGAUGGAGUGGAGCGUUCUCUGGGAUUGCAGCGGAUGACCACCUUGCAAGAUCUCCUGAUGCACAGUGACUGCAUCACGUUGCACUGCAGUCUAAACGAGCAUAACCAUCACCUCAUCAAUGACUUCACCAUUAAACAGAUGCGUCAAGGCUGCUUCCUAGUGAAUACAGCUCGCGGAGGUCUGGUGGAAGAGAAAGCCCUAGCUCAAGCCCUAAAGGAGGGAAGGAUUAGAGGAGCAGCACUGGAUGUGCAUGAGUCAGAGCCUUUCAGUUUUGCAAAUGGGCCCCUGAAAGAUGCUCCCAAUGUGAUCUGUACUCCUCACACAGCCUGGUAUAGUGAACAGGCUUCCAUUGAGUCCAGAGAGGAUGCAGCUAAGGAGAUCCGAAGAGCCAUCACAGGUCACAUACCUGAUAAUUUGAGGAACUGUGUUAAUAAGGAGUACUUGCUUUUAGCAGCUCAGUGGUCCAGUAUUGAUCCCGCAGCUGUACAUCCAGAACUUAAUGGAGCUACAGCUUACAGGUUUCCUCCUGGAGUUGUGGGAGUAGCAACCUCUGGGCUACCAGAGCCACCAGUAGAGGGGAUUGUAGCUCACGGCAUUCCUUCUGUGUCUCAUUCUGCACCACAUACCCCUUCUCCAGGAGAGUCAAGCAAACUGGAGCCAGACAGAGAAAUCUCCACUGACCAGUAGCAUCUUUGUUGUCCUUUUCAUCCCUCACAAGAAAGCAGGGGAUAUCUCCUGUUUUAGGACAUAAUUACGACCCCCAUGGACUGUUUCCUGUUCACACAGGACAGGAGAAUGCAUUUCAUUGUUGGCAAAUUCUAUCUCUUGCCUUUAAACAGGUAUUUUAUAACAGAUUUAGUUUAAAUCUCUUGGUGAAUUUCUUUCCUUGUCUGGGGUAAUGAAGCAGUGAUUUUUUUUCAUCCUCUUGGUAAUGUUUAGCUUUAACAUGCAAGUCCUCAUGCACCUGUGUGAUAUGCAGGAGAACAGUACCUGGCUGAACACUGAAAACUCCAGUGAUUCCAAGGCUGGUGUGGAUUUUUAAGGUGGUUUCUUAGGUUAAAGAUCAACUAAGUCUCAGGUACAAUUGACAACAUUGUAAUGGGGAGCACGGGAGGCUGUGCAUGUGAAUUGCUUGGUAGGAAGAUGGGGUGCCCUUCCUCAGUUGUGGGCGCUUACUACUUUGAUCCUGCCUGCAUGCCAUUAUCUGAUGUGAUUGGUGGGUGAUUUGCUCCCAGGGGACUGAGGGUAAAUAAUUACACAAGUCAGAGUGAAUUUGAAAUUCCGCCUGGAAUCUGUUUUGUGUUCAAAACAUGUGCAUAGAAACAGUUGAAUUGUUUUGACAGCAGAGAUGCUUGUGAAGUUGCAGGAAGAAAGGUUCAACUGAGAUUUGGUCCCAGCUCAGGGAAUGAGGACUCAGCUCCACAUAGGGAGAUAGGAGAAUUUCAGAAUGCAAGGCUUCAGGUUAUUGUAAAUGCCUGUUCUUUGCACACUAGUAGUGCAACUGCUACAAGAAGAUGAUUAUGCUGAAAUCCUAGAAUUUAAUUUAGGACCUAAGUCUCUUUGACCUGUCUUUUAACACACAUCAAAGGCCAAGCUAGGAUUGUUCCCUCAGAUUUUGUCUAGUGUGAAAUGUCCCAGGUGUGUGCUGAAUCAUUCUUUACUUCAACUCUUUUCUCUGAAUUGAGUCCUUGUUCUGCAAGAAACAAAAACCAACAAAAUCCAUUCUCAGAGCCUGCAGAUAGCUACGCAGAUUGUUUCUGAAAAACUAAGUCAUAUAUUGAAAGUUUCUAACUUGGAUAUGUUUUAAAGGAGGCAUUUAAACCCUUUUAGAGACAGAUCUAGGGUUGUAAAUUGUCUUUUAUGGGUGGGUGGGUGUUUAUUGCUUAUUCCCUGGCACAUUGUGCAAAGAGCACAUACUCCAUCAUGUAACAAAAUAUUUAUUAUUGUUAGAAGGUAGCCUUGUCAUUUUGCUUGGACUUCACAGUACUUUUUGACCAUGGAGAAGUUAUGGCUUUUAACUAACCUAUCUAAGCAGCAGAGAACGGAAUGUUGGGAAGAAAGAAUGAGAAUUCUUUGUCCUGAUUAGAAUCCAUCUUUCCCUUUUCCAAACAAAAAUGCCUUCUAGGCAAGGUGGAAAUUGCAUAGAGUAGAAACCCCAACUUUAGAUCUUGCCUGACAACUGAAAAUUGUAAUAGGUUAGGCUGUUCCCAAGCUUCCUAUUGUUGUCCAGACUGUCUUGCAUGUGUUGCGGCAGGGGUUUUCCCAAUGCCAAGUGCUAACAGAAAGGUAUGUAGUAGUCCCUUUAAAAUGAGGGAGGAGCUGAGAAAGAUGGAAAUCUAAUUUUUGUAUUGUUCAGAUUUGGUUCUUUCCUUGAGAUGGUAUAUGGUUCCCUGAUAGUAUGUGCUCUGUUAGAAUGUGAGUUGGAAGUGCUUGUAGUGUAGGCUCUGAUAGUGGGGGAGGCACAAUAGCUUUAUAAUCUCUUGGAAUCUCUUGGAUGAUUAUGACUACAUGUUUAAAAUUCACAUACCUCUUGGGUUGCUCAGGGUUUUUAGCACUAUAUGCAUGGGGGGAUGCAUACUAACAGAUGUCAGUGCUAAAUGUGUGACAGUGUGGGGAGCCUUUGAGUAAAGCCUUCAGCUCCGAAGAGCUUUAAUUUGGAGCAAAAGCAACAGCUUCAGCUUUUUUGUAUAAUCUGUGUACUAAUAUGCUCUAACCAACGCAAAAACUGGAAGUAGGUAUCAUUUGUGCUAUUGCAGGCAUAACAUAAUGCUGCCUCUUUACUAGGGUUACAGGAUUGGGAGUAGGCUGUGAGACAGCACAUUCCCUCAGUCUCAUCCCUUUUCUUUUUCUUUGAAUUUCCUAUAUCUUCCUAUCUCAGUUUAGGGUGCCCCCAGGUCUUUGUUAACAUUGGCCAGAACACACUGAACCAGAGUAAAGAGGGCAAAAGGAAUGUGUUUGUGAAAGGAGAUACAACCUAUUGAUCCCAUUGCCUGUUUCUGAUCUGUUAACCCUAGCCAAGGGCCUGCAUUGCUUUGUCUGCACUAGCAAUUGAAAAGUUGUACUCCCUAGUGGGUAAACUAGCCACUGUAAGUGGGCUGCCUGUAUUACCCUUCUGAAUCCCCUUCUGGGGGAAAAAUCUCUAAUCUACUAAUGCUAGCACAUUUUAAUGCACUUCAGCCAUAAUACCAGGUGCUACUCCAGAGGGUAAUUCAGGGCUGUGUGUAUUCUCCACUAACUCCCCAUCCCACUAAACCCCAAAUCCUGAUACAUAAUGAAUAGUUUUCAGAGGGAUAGCCAUGUUAAUUUGCUGCAGUAAAAGCAACAGACUCUUGUGGCAACUUAAAGACUAACAAAUCUACUAGCAUAUGCUUUUGUGAACAUAAGGAGCAUGAAAGGUCAUCCUACAUUGAUUUCUGUGUGUAUAUGCAUGUCCACUUAGGAUUCAUGAAUUUAAUAAAGUGGAAUGUUGUCCAUGACAACUUACACCAUUAAAAUGUUAAACUUUCUUAGGUGCCACAUAAAAAUAAACAUUUCUCCUUCCAAUAAACUUCCGUAUUUGAAAUGUUUUGCUGUGGCUAACAUGGGAAAGAAAUGUAUGGUGACAAGGGCAUGGAGAUCAGGGUUAGGAAAUAGUCACCAUAAGCAGAGAACUCUGGAGGUCCCUGAGGCCGCAGCACAUGACCUUUUAGUUUCUUGAACUUGAUUAGAUAUUGAUCAUACAUUAGAAGCUGUUGAAUACAACCAAAAAAGCCAGUAUAUUAUUUUUUUAAAAUGAAAGCUGAGAUUCUCAGGAUAUCAUGUUUGAAUACAGAGCCUAUACUUGCAUGGUGCUGAAUACACACCCUGGGUAUGAGGAAGUAAGCUUCUCUACUAACCAUGGUUCUUACCCUACUAGGAGAUACUGAUGUAUUUCACAGGCCUGUUGCAACCCAGAAAAUAUUACUGUGGUUUUAUUACUGCCACAAGUUCUGGCAUCCCAUGGGCUGAGCAUUCCUAUUGUAGAGAACCAGGAAACCAAUUGCCCCAGUGUCAUAUUUUAUUAUAAAUGGAGUAAAUCAGCAGUUUCCCCCCUCAACUUGCUGCUGGCAAUUCCUAUCUUGUUUAUAAUAUUUCUGAUCAAAGUUCCCAGCUGUGAGAUUGCACGGAUUCUGUUCAUCUUGCCUAUUUCAGGGAGUAGUGCAAGAUACAUUUAAUUAAAGGUGACAGCCGUAUAUUAGUAAGCAAGAUAUUUUUUACACAUGAAUACCUCUAAAGAUUUAUCAGGUAAAACCUCCAUAAGGAGAGAAUUUGGGAAGAUCCCAGCUGGCUAGCACUGAGCCUCUUGUUUAAUUUAGAAAUCAUGCUGGUUGGCAUAAUAGAAAUACAUUCUUAACAAUGGUAGGGUUGCAUCUGUCUCUGAAUGCUGGUGGAACAUGGUUUAAGCCUUAAUUCCUCAAAAAUAACCAGUAUUACUUAGACCUACAUUUGGGAAUUAAAAUAACUUUGAAAUUACCAGAGUGGCAUUACUUGAGGGUCCAGAUCAGGUUUGAGACUCUGUAGUUGAUCAAGCUUCUGUUUCAGAAUGCAAGAUUGGCCAGGUGUUGAUGAAAGUGCUCCAGUGGCACAUCAUGGUAUAUUGUUGGUUAGAACUAGCAGUUGCCACAAGAACAGGAUAGAUCUUGGGUAUAAAUGCUAAAAGCAGAGUUUCUUGCCUGACACCAAACACUGGUUCAGUGACCCCUUUCUCACAUGUAAAGAUGAGCAACUCCUUGCUCCAAGUUUUAUGCAUGCUGGGGGAAGAACAAAAUGAGAGAACUAAAAACUCAUGUUUAAAUUGCCUUCCUUUAGAAUUAAAGUGGAGCUUAAUCCCAAAGAACGUCUUUUCCUAACGUUGAGGCAGGAGUGCCCUGGGUCAUGCCAAGCUUAUCUGCAGGAGGAGCUCACUCUGUCCUAAGGUAUAUUCUGCUUGUCAGGUUUGCUGUUGCUGACCAGCUUUUUUAUAGAGGACUCAGAGUUUCAGAAAUAUAUUUUUGUAGACAAUAACUAAACUGUGAAACUUAAACAAUAAAGCAUGUAAAAGCAUUUCCAACAAUGUUUCCUGUACAGAUGUUUCUCCCUUCAACUCUCUCCUUGCUUUUGUUAGAAGUUUGACAGUUUCUUGAAUAUAUUUUAAUAAAUAUUUCCUUUAUGGUCA